AUGGCGGCGGUGCCGCCGCGUCGCUCCCAGCACCACCACCAUCACCACCACCCGCCGCCGCCGCCCGGGCCGGCCUCCCCGCCACCCGCCGCCGCCUCGCCGCCGCGCAGCCCCAGCCUGGCGCCGGCCGCGCAGCGCCACAGUCUGGCCGGCCCCGAGGGCGAAGCGCCCCCGGACGCGGACCGGCCUCCGGCCGCGGAGUGCUCGGAGGGCGCGGGCGCCGCCGUGCCGGGCCCGCCGCCGGGCUCGGGCAGCAGCUCCAGCGGCUCCUCCUCGUCCUCCUCCUCCUCGUCCGCGUCGUCGUCGGCGGCGUCGAGCCCGGCGGCGGAGAGCCCCGAGGCGGCGGGCCCUGGCGCGGCGAGCGGCGCGUUCCGCGAGCUGCUGGAGGCCUGCAGGAAUGGGGACGUGACGCGCGUGAAGCGCCUGGUGGACACGGGCAACGUGAACGCCAAGGACAUGGCCGGGCGCAAGUCCACGCCGCUCCACUUCGCCGCGGGUUUUGGAAGGAAGGAUGUUGUAGAGCACUUGCUACAGACAGGAGCCAAUGUUCAUGCCCGUGAUGAUGGAGGGCUGAUCCCCCUUCACAACGCCUGCUCCUUUGGUCACGCUGAAGUGGUCAGUCUGUUACUGUGUCAAGGGGCCGACCCAAAUGCCAGAGACAAUUGGAACUACACUCCUUUGCAUGAAGCUGCUAUCAAGGGCAAGAUAGAUGUGUGCAUUGCUUGA